ACCUCUAAUAUUCAAUCUUCUAACCACUCAUUCAUUCACUAUGUUUUUCCAUAAUUGCAGGCGAUGGACAAAGAUUGGGAAACAUGGCUAGACGCAACAAGGGUAUUGUUGGGUGCCAUACUAGUAAAUGAUUGUCAGCCACACAGCAUUCCCAUUGUUCGGGAGGAACUUGGGAAAUGGAGCAAGAAAGAGUACGAGCCAAAGGUGGUGUCGAUCGGGCCCCGGUUCAAGGGAAGAAAGGAACUUCUACCAAUGGAAGAGAUCAAGUUGCGUUGCAUGCUGCACCUUUUAAAUAGAAAACCAGACAUUGAUCCCAUGGAAACUAUACAAGUCUAUAUGAGAUACAUCUUGACGUUAGACGCAGCUGUUCGCACUAGCUAUGGGGAACAAAUCGAUUUGGACAGCUACGGUCUAGCCACCAUUAUGUUACACGACGCUUGCUUUCUCUUAGAGCUUUUCAUUUCUCAAUCAGUGGAAUGGAAUUCAAAGCUACCACCCAACGAUGACACAUUCCCUCCUAGCCCAGCAGCUCAACUCGGGAAUAUGGAACUCAUCUUGAGCGAUCUCACCUUAUUCAAAGAUACCCUUUUUUGUUCUUUUUAACGUCUUCGCUAUGUUUUUUCCCCAUCUC